GUCCCCCUUCUAUCUUUCUCCUCCACCCCUUGAUCAGUAAACUUCCAUCGAUAUAUUCCCUUCUUCGAUCGAUCGAUCUUCACUCACUUGCGAUCUUCCUCUUCCUUUCGAUCUCUUUGUGUUUUGUGUGUGUGUGUGCCUUUUUCAUAAAUCUGUGAGAAAGAGUAGUAGGUUGAAUUUGCAUCUGGUUAAUUAAUGGAAGCAUUUAGAGUUGUGCAGUCUACGACUUCCUCAUCUUCUUCUUCUUCUCGGAGAGGGAUGGUGGGAACGGAGUGGGCGGUGGCGGAGCGGGAGCACAUGUUCGAUAAGGUGGUGACGCCGAGCGACGUCGGGAAGCUGAACCGGCUGGUGAUCCCCAAGCAGUACGCGGAGCGGUUCUUCCCGCUGCUGGAUCAGGCGGAGUCGGCGGGCAGAGGACUGGUGCUCUGCUUCGAGGACGCCGGCGGCAAGCAGUGGAGCUUCCGGUACUCCUACUGGCACAGCAGCCAGAGCUACGUCAUGACCAAGGGAUGGAGCCGCUUCGUCAAGGAGAAGCAGCUCCACUCGGGGGACACCGUCUCCUUCUCCCGCACUACUGUGGACGGAGGCGCCGGGCCCGGCCGCCGCCUCUUCAUCGACCUGCGCCACCGCAGGCACUUCUACCCUCUCAUAAUUCCUUUCUCCUCCGCCGCCGAAGCACGGGGCCCUCAAAUAGGGAUGCCAUCCUGGGGAUGGCUCGAUACCCCGAGGCCCAGUGCUGCUCCGCCGGUGUUUCCCCCCCGCGAGCAGUACGUCGGAGUGCAAGAACGCCCAGCCAGCAACGCCGGCUCGGUGCCGGUGGUCGUCGGCGGUGCGGAAGCCAGAGGGAAGUUCGUCAGGCUUUUCGGAGUGAAUCUGGAGUGCCCGGAGAAGGAUGAAGAAGGAAGAAGAAGAAGAAGAUCAUGAUCAUGAUCAUGAUCAUGAAACCUUAAAUUAAUAUUCGAUUUUCUGAAUGCAAACAACAUAAUUAAUUCUGUAUUAAACCAUUCGAUUCAAUCGUACUCAAUACAAAAUAACAUAUGAAUCUGCCUGCUAAACCACCACUUUUUAAAUCUCUUACAUCCAUAAUCCAUUGCGAUUGAAUUCCCAAUGAGGAACAAAUACAAAAUAAAAAUAAAAAUAAAAAUGUGAUCAAUCUGUUUUCUUUCUUUGCAGCGCGCGAUUCUCACAACAGCGUACGGAACUCUUGCAACUUUCUCUGCAUCGCUGAAAGAAGCAUAAAAUCAAGAAGCACCUUCAGGAGGGGGGAAAUUCCAAUACCUAUCGGUUGGAGAAGAGGAUGAAUCAGAACCAGGAGAACAGUUAAGAGAAAACUUUAAAGGUCAUUCAUGUUUGUACCCAAUCUGCAAGGAUGGUUCAGAAGGCUUGGUGUUGGUGUUGGUGUUGAGAGGGCAAGCGCGCAAUGGUAAGGGAACACCUCCAUCAACCAUGGCUUUGCAGUUCCAGCAGCAUCCUUCAAUGGGUCUAAGAGAGCUACUUCCUUCAGACUGAAACAAGUAAUUUUUUAUCAUAAAAGAACAAAAAUUAAUGGAAAUAGAAUAAUGAUCGAGCUGCAAUUAGAACAAAAAUUUAA